AAAUUUAACGCUAUUUCUGGAACUGUUCCACGUUAUCUAGAUAAGAUAUCAUAGAUUCCUAUAAAAAGUCGUUUGAAGCGUAAUGUUACUAAACUUACCAAACUGACUGUCUCGAGAACAUCAUGUUUUACUACUCCUUCGAUAAGAAAAUACAAUCUCGAGACCCCAUUGAACUACGUCAGGUAUGUUACUGGAAACUGCUGCAACUAUUUUUGACGGAUCUUUUCCAACUGCUCAACAUAUUUUUUGUCCAAUACAAACUGUUUCAUCUGGAUAUUGAAAAUGAAAUUGCCUACAAUGCAACAUUUGUGAUUUCUUUCUUGUCGGGGGUAAUUACCUUGAUUUUGAGCAUACGGAUUCAUAACAUAAACCGCAAGAACCCAGCUACAGUUAUGUCAAUCGUAAUUCUCUCACUCUUGGCCCUAAAAUACAUCAUCGACCCUUGGUUUGGCCCACCGAGAAUUCUUUGCUGUGGACCGUAUGGAAAAAUCGUGACGGAGCUAGUGACAUCAGUUUUUGUGUUGUUUCAAGUGCCCAACUAUUUUCGACAAAUUGUUGUCACGAUCUAUGCUGUUAGGUGUAAAUUUUCAAAAACCGAAGAAGACAGAAUUACAUUUUAUCAUGAAAUUGUCGAUGCUGAAGCCGACGCCGGGCUGCUAGGAAUACUGGACUGCUAUCUAAGGGGGGCGCCCCAGCUGAUUGUCCAGAUUGCUGCCAUUUUCGUCAAAUACGAUGACUUUACACAAAUUUCGUGGCUUGAACAACUUUCUAUUGCUGCUGCUUUGGGUGUGGUGCUACCAUGGACUGCAACCUCCUACCAUAAUUUGCUAAGAAUCCAGAAGAACGACAAUUUCUCAUUUCCAACCGCGAUUGUGUUUUUUAUGUGGAAUGCAUGCCUUCUAGCAGCAAGAAUUCUUAGUAUUAGUGUAGUUCUAGCAUUUUGGCCUGUGUAUACGGGUGUAGCAGUUCUAGUCCAUUGGCUGGUGGCAACACUUUUGUUGUAUUAUAUUUUUCCGCCAGGUGAUUUUUAUAAGAAGGACAAAAACUGGCAUUUUAUGUUCUGCUCAAUUUUUGGAAUUGUUUAUAUUUUUAAUGCUAUUAAUAUGACCAAAGAAAAAAAGUUUUGGCAUUACAUAUGCUUCUAUGGGAUUGUAUUUUUGCAAAAUACAGUUUCACUCAUCCUGUGGUGUACAUAUGAAUAUACUAAGACUGUGAUAUAUAGAGUUAGUUUUGUUAUUGUGAGUGAGAUUUUGUUUGUAGGUGGCAUUCUUAUUAUGAUUUUGUAUUAUGUAAAAUUCCAUCCACGUAACGAGGAUAGAUCUUAUGAAAAUGAUCAGUCUGUUGAAAAUAUUCCAUUGGAGAUAUUUAAUAUAAAUCAGUGUGAAAACAAUGAAUCUGUGGAUAUUCCACCUGUAUAAGAUAAGAUCCAAAUUAAUUUGUUUAUAGAUAGGUUUUAAACAAGAUAUUAUAAGACUCGCGAAGUUUAAUUUUAUAAGAAUAAAUAAGUGUUCCGUUUUCAGUAAUUUUGUUUGUACUGAUUAGCAUAAAUCUUAUAAACAUACUCUGGUAGUCAGGGAUAUUUCUGUACAGCCAUGUCAUAUGUAUUAAAAUAUAAGUUAUUUAAAACUUAAUCCUGAAUAUCUCUAAUUCCAGAGUAAAAUAUGACGCUUCUAGAGUAUAUUUUAUUGUUACUUUAUAUUUAGUAUUUAGUAUUUAAUAUUUAUUCAUAAUUUAUUUGUCUGUUCAGUGAUAUAGUGUUACGUAAUAAUUCCAAGUUAACGUAUCCAGCGUUAAGGUAACCGCUUUGUAAAACAACACUUCAAUUCAAAUAUUUAUUAAAUUAAAUUCUUAAUAGGUUUUAAAAUUUCUUGCAAAUUUUUGUUCAACCUAAGUUGUCUACGUUUGCGUAUAUCAUGUGAUUAAUAAGUAAUACUGUUGUUUUUUUUAAUAAA